GAGACGGGCAAGUAGCCUAAGUAGCCCCUGCCCCUUUUCUCGUGCCGAAAAAAUCCUAUGGCCUCUGACGACGAGCAUCUGGGGGAGGAGGACGACUACUUCCCCGAGCAGGAGGACGAGGAGUGGGAUGAGCUGGAGGCGAAGGCUGCCGCCUGGCAGGAGCAGUUCACCUCAGCCAUCCACAGCGGCAACUCCCUGAACGGUCUGCCAAGGGGUCUGCGCUUACGGAGCGCGGAGGCGGCGAAGGAGAAGGAAGACCAGGACGAGGAGUCGACCCCUGCUGAGCACCUGAAACCCUCGCCGGUGCCGCGGUUCGUGGCGAGGAGCUGGGAGAUGGGUCUGCUGGUGGUGGUCUGCCUGCUGAGCCUCUUUGCCACGCUCCACUUUGUCUACGACAACCUCCUGCCGCAGAGGGACGACUCCAAGAGCUGCACGCAGUGCCAGCCGGAGUGGUGGCAGGACUUCUGGAAGUGGCGGCUGCAGGGCCCCAGCGACGACGAUCCACCCGAGGGCAUGCAGUGGGAGUGGGGGGAUUCGGUGAACGACACCGACUGGUACCAGGCCAGCGCCCGCUUCGUGGACUUCCUAAGGCCCUUCGCCGACCCUUCGCUGGGCCCGGUGCUGUCCAUCGGCUGCGGGGACGCCCCGGUGCCCGAGCUGCUGCACGGCGCGGGCUUCGAGGCCUCGCUGCACCUGGACGUGGCGCCGC